AUGUUGGAAUCACUUGUUGCAACAAUCCUCAAUCGAUUCCUUGGAAAUUAUGUAUCGAAUCUAAACUAUGACCAACUCAAGAUUGGCAUAUGGAAUGGUGAAGUUAAUCUAAAGAACCUAAAGUUGCGAAGAGAAGCCCUUGAUAAACUUGAUCUACCUAUUGAUGUCCUAGAAGGAUACUUUGGAGAGCUCACAUUGAGUAUUCCUUGGGCUAACCUGAAAACAAAGCCUGUCAAGGUAUUCGUUGAUCAUGUCUAUCUCUUGGCUGUGCCAAAGAGCGAGGUUUCGGUGUCAGCCGAAGAAGAAGACCAAAGGGCCCAGCUGUUGAAGCAGCGGAGAUUGGCCACGGCUGAGCUGAUGGAGGACUCCCAAGUUCAAGAAGAUCAAACUAAAAAGGGGGAAGAACAGAAUGAUGGGUUCAUGGGUCAGCUUACCACGAAGAUCAUUGACAAUCUUCAGCUGUCCAUCAAGAACAUCCACAUUCGGUACGAAGACAAUCUCUCGGAUCCUGGCCAUCCAUUCGCCUGUGGAAUUACCCUCAAAGAGCUCAGUGCUGUCUCGACCGAUGGUGAAUUUAAACCUACUUUUAUCAGUGAAAUGACAAACACUAUUCACAAGUUGACUACCUUGCAAUCCUUGUCGGUCUAUUGGAACACAGACUCACCUUCAUUGUCCGGACUCUCUCAAGAUGAUGCCCUAAAGACGUUUACAGAACUGAUUCCCAGCCCAUCGAAUAAUGAUCUGAAGCAUCAAUAUAUCCUGAAACCCGUUUCUGGUACCGGAAAAAUCAAACUCAACAAAAAGUUUGACAAUAAAGUGGCCAAAACAGAUGUCACUCUUUUGUUCGACGAGCUUGCCUUUAGUUUGGAUGAUGAUCAAUACCGUGAUGCCAUCUUGAUGGUUGACUUAUUCCAUGCAAAUCUCAAAAAGCAAAAAUACCGUAAAUAUCAUCCUGCUACUGGCACACCAAAAACAAAUCCAAGAGGAUUUAUCAAAUUUGCCGGCGAUGCUGUACUGGCCGAGAUCCAUGAUCGUCAUUACAGGUGGUCCUGGGACUCAUUCCGUAAAAGACGCGAUGAGCGUAAAGCCUAUGUGGAAUAUUACACUGCUGUAAAGAAACAAAAGGCAACCCCAGAACAGCAAGCAGCAUUAGACAAACUUGAACACGAUUUGAGCUUUGAAGAUAUUCGGUUCUACAGAAGCAUUGCCAAGAGCAGAAUUCGAAGAAGUCUAGCCAAGCUAGCCGAAGAAAAGAAAAACAACCAAAAGGAAAACAAAGGAUGGUUGAGCUCUUGGUGGAGUGGUGAAACAAAAACUGAAGAGACAGCUGAAGAUACCUCUUUGGUAAUGACAGAAGAGCAGAAACGUGAGUUGUACGAUGCAAUCGAGUACAAUGAAGAAAGCGAUACAAUUGCUGCUUCUAUUGACAUGCCAAUGGAUACCAUGAAAUUCUCUCUUAGUACAAAGUUGAACAAGGGUUCAUUUAGUCUCCUGAAACACUCAAAGACAAAGACAAAAGAACUUGCUGCCCUUGUGUUCGAUAGUGUCACCGUUGACGUGGUACAGUAUGUCGAGUCAAUCUCUUUGGCAGGAAGUCUUGGUGACUUGCAAGUCCACGAUGGCCAGACCAAGGGCACUCUAUACCCACAAUGGGUUGGUGUCAAGAAGAGAUCUAUCCUGGAUCCAUUGAAAAAAGGCGGGGCCGAAAGUAUCAUCUCAAUCGAUGAUUCUCUCGAGGAUUCUCCAUUUUUCUCAUUCGAGUUCCAACACAAGCCUUUGAACAAGGUGGCCGACAACGCACUCUCGUUAAACAUGCGCCAUUUGGAGAUCAUCUACAAUCCAACUGUCAUCAAUGGAAUUGCCGAUUUCUUUAAGCCUCCAAACACCAAAAUGGAGUCUGUAAAUGCAUUGAUGGAAGCCGCUGGAGAUACGAUCGAGAGCUUCAAACAACAGACACGAGCAGGUCUGGAGUAUGCUCUGGAGAAACAUACAACAAUUUCACUUGAUAUCAAUAUGUCUGCUCCUUUGUUUGUUAUUCCAGAGAGUUGCCUUCGAACUGACUCUCCUGCACUGAUCAUUGACGCUGGUCACAUCAAUGUCGACAGCGAUCUUGCAAACCAAGAACUUGUCAAUCAAUUUAAGACAAAAGGCGACAAAAAAUAUAGCGAAGAAGAUUAUAUCAAGCUUGAAGGUCUUAUGUAUGACAAAUUCCAUGUUCAACUCACCCAAACCAAAGUCUUGAUUGGCACCAAUCUUGAAGAGUGUCUCAGACAGCUCUAUACAAAGGCAGAGCCCAAUAAGGAUGUACACAUGCUCGAGAAGAUCGACAUGAACCUUUUAGUCGAGCUCUGUAUCCUUCCUGGAAUAACCCAAUUCACCAAAUUCAAGGUGUCUGCCAAUCUUCCGCUGUUGUCUGUCAAUUUUUCAGACAGCAAGUACAAGACAAUGAUGCGAAUGUUGGAUGUGGUCAUUCCACCAAAUCCUACCCCAGAUACUCAAGAAGUCUCGAUCCUGUCUACUACAGCUCAGCCAAAUAACAAAGUUACCACGGACGGGCAGGAUGGUGUUCGUGCGAACAAUGUACUUUCGCAGAAAUUGUGGGGUGAGAAAAACACCGAGAUUUUGGUGGAUGGCCGCUCAAGACGAAUCAAGUCUGCCGAAGACAGCAGCGACACCGAUGGAGACGACGAAUCCGUUGUCCAAGAGACCUUCUCGACUGCUUCUAUGGUACCCAUGGUUAAUACAAAGCAAGAGCAAUUCAAAUUCUCUUUGAAGGUUGACAAGGUGUCUGUGGCUAUCAAUGAGACUGGCAAAGACGGUGACACUCUCUUGGCCGAGGUUGUCCUUGAGCACUUUGACUUUUGCUUUUUAUCUCGCCCAUAUGAUAUGCAAGUCGAACUUGCUCUCAAAACAUUGAGCGUGGUGGACAAGAUGGAACAUGGCAAUGAAUUCCACUACUUGGUCACUUCUGACAAUAUAGACCGAAAUAACUCAAGAUUAGAAGCAACCGAGCGAGACCUUGUGCGCGUAAAGUACCUCCAGGUCAAUCGAAAGCAUCCUCUUUAUCACGACACCUAUGAGGGAUAUGAUCAGACAAUCGAUGUAGCCCUUUCGACACUCAACAUAAUUGUUACCCGAAGCUCAAUCCUGACCCUCUACAAUUGGGUUCUCAGCACUUUCACUGGGCCAGCCAAUCCCGAAAAGGCCCUACCACAACCACCAACCAGCAACGGCAGCAGUAACGAGUCGAUGCACAUCAUGUCUUCUGCACGGUCGUCUGAUCAGAUUAGUGUGACUCCAAAGAAAGCGCCUGUACAAGAUGGUACGAUGAAGGUCAACAUCCAGCUUGAAAGUCUUGAUCUGAUUCUCAAUAACGAUGGUAAGCGUCUGGGCACUGGCGAAUUGUCGUCUGGUAGCUUGUGUGUGUCGAUGUUGCCAAACACCAUGCACGUUUCGGGAAAGUUUGGAAACUUUACACUCUCGGAUGACCGAGAACACAGCAAUGUGUACGACCUCAGCCGCGGGGCUUCGAAGAUUCACAUCCUCAGUGUUCUUGGCGAUGGGCUUAUGGACUUUACCUUUGAGACCUUUGAUCCCAAGAGUGACUCGUUCCCUGGAUACGACCAGAAGUUGUACAUGCGCAUGGGAUCGUUCCAGUUUCUCUUGACCGAAUCUACGAAGCCAGUCAUGGAGUUCUUAUCAGAGUUCCUGGCAAUGAAGACAGUGUACGACACGGCUCGAACGGCUGCAUUUGAAACGGCCCAGCAAAUCCAAGAAACCAGCUCUAGAUUCCACUUUGAUGUUACGAUCCAGAGCCCGGUGGUUGUGUUCCCUGUGGGCGAGAACCCUGCAACAGACCGCAUCGUCGCUCGUCUGGGUGAGAUUCGCGCCAUCAACGAGUUCAAGACCGCAACACGCCAUCCCAAAGAUGAUAUUGAUGGAUCGGGGUCUGCCCAUGAGGUUUGGUUGAAUUUGAUCCAAUGCGGCCUGUACUCAGUCAGUCUCAAAUCCACCGCCGUGAUCGAGACCGCCGACUCUGGUCAGGAAACUCGCGAGCUGCCAAUUAUCGACGAUCUGGAACUUGUCUUUGACAUCCAAAGUCUCGAAAAACCAGACGAGGACGGCUGUGGACCGGCCACUCAGAUCCUCGGAAAGGUUUCUGAUGUUCGCAUGGCCCUGACCGAGCGCCAGUUCAAGAGUUUGUUGGAAGUCUCGGAACUUUUGACAGCUACAUUUGCAGGAGGUAGUGAUUCCGAAACAGAAGACGCUGAUGGAGCCAAUCAGCAACCACAAAAAACCCGAAAGUCAGCGCCAACAACCCCUUCAAGCGUUUCUGUGCCAACACUUUUGUCAAGCGCUAAAAAACAAGUGCAGGUUGACUUGGCUGUCAGUGUGAAGACCAUAUCACUCGAGAUUCUUCAUGGUCCCGAUCUGGCUUACUAUGAAAGAAGCAAACAGACCCUUGCUCGUAUUGCACUAAACAAUCUUGACCUGAAACUCCAGAUCAUGCUUGAUACCUCAAUGAUGAUGGAGCUCAGUAUGCAGUCCAUGUGCUUCGCCGAUACUCGUUCAAACUCUGUCUCUCUUUUCCGUGAAAUUAUCCCAGUCAGCGGUCGUGAUGGACCCCAGCUCCAGGUCAAGGUCAAAUCGGCCAUCCAAGCAGACAAUUCGUCUCUUAUGGAUGUCACGGUGGCACUCGACAGCCCGCGCAUUGUCCUGUCUCUCGAUUACCUGUUACUUCUCAAAGACUUUUUUGCGGCUCCUUUUGUCUCUCAGCCUAGCGAUGUGACUACCGAGGCACAAGAGUAUGCAAAGACUCAACGCAAUCGUCUUACGAACGAGCAAGAGCCGGGGGUAGUCUUAUCCAAAGAUAGUGCUGGUAAAAAUGUCACAGUUUAUGCUACCGAAAUUCCUGGAACACCUUCGUCCACACCUCAGCAAGUGUUGCACUACAAUGUGAAUGUUGUGGACGUGGAGAUCAUCUGUCUUGCCAAGCCAGAGCUGGCUUCUUCAGAAGCCAUAGUGUUCUCCUUUGAUCAACUGAAGGUUGUCCAGAAACAGAACCUUGACUUUAGUGUGGAUAGUAUCGGCAUGCUGCUGUGCCAUAUGGACAACCGUGAACUUUCUUCAGUUGAUUUUGUUGAGAAGUUUGACAUCAAUAUGACCAUGGAGUGCUCACUCCCAAGUCCGGGCCACAACAUUACCGUCAUAAGAUUAGACGUCGAGCCAAUCCUGCUCCGGCUAUCAUACCAUGAUGCCAUGCUGAUUCUUGAGAUUAUCAACAAAGCCACAGAGUUGAUGGGAAAUGCACAGACGAUUGAAAAAGAGAACGAAGCAAAAAAGAUCAAUCCUACUUCUUCGGAUGGCCACUCCAUUGUAGCCUUGUCAGAUCCUCCUUGUCCACCCAAUGAUUCUAGUGUUGGAGCCACUACUUCGAGUACCUUGGCACCAAAACCUGCACAGGCAAUUGAGCCUUACAUUGUGUUGUCCAAGGAAUCCUUGGUCGCAAACUUUGAUGGUUUGCAAUUGACGUUGAUCGAAGAUGUCCAUGAUUUGCCAUUCAUCGAUUGGACUCUACAGCCCUUUACAAUCAACGCCAAGGAUUGGUCUCGUUCGUUGGAGGUCAAUGUUGAUUUCUCAAUGUAUGCCAACAACUUUAACUUCAAGAUCUCACACUGGGAACCAAUUCUUGAACCCUGGGAGUUUACGGUCAAGGUUAACAAAGAUGCAGCAAUCGGAGCUAUGCAUAUCGGAAUGUCUUCUGAAGCUCCCUUGAACAUCAAUAUCACACACGCCUUCCUCGAGAGUGCUUUAUCUGUUUCUGAGACACUUAGUGAAAUUCAGCCACUGCCUGAUAAUGCACAAGAUUUCAAGCGCCCUUACCUAAUCCGUAACUGGACGGGUUAUGAUAUCAAGUUUUGGAACAUGUCUGAUGAUGCUGCGGGUCAGGACACCGAGAGUUAUUUAUUAAAGGAUAAUGAAGAACAAUCCUGGACGUUCAGGGAUGCCAUAAAGCGCAGAGAGAGAUCAAACUUGGGUAAAAACUACCUAGGUGUCGAGGUUUUACAUGGAGGAUGGGAAAGGCUUUUAAACCUUCCUAUGGAUCAGGAGGGUGAAGUUCCAUAUCGCCUGAAGCCUGAGUUGGAUGAAGUGUCUCAUCGCCUGGUGGUUGAAAUCAAGCUCGAGAAUAAUGUCAAGACAGUUACUUUCCGCAGUGGCCUGUUGCUUCACAACCAAACAAGGUCUGCUUUGGAAGUUCAGUUGGUCAAAUAUGACAUGAAUCCGUUGUGCGACAAAUGGAAACUUGAAACCUCUGAGAAAAAGGCUGUGCCUAUUGAAUUGGCUUACGACAAUUGGAUAGUUGUUCGUCCUUCUGACGAUUACCAAUGGAGUAAUAGACUUAAUUGGGCAGACAUAAUAAGUCCAAAGUUCCCUAAGGAUAUUGUUUGCAAAGCUGUCAACCCAGCAAAGUCGGAUUAUAUCAUUCAACUGGGUGCAAAGUUUGACAAAAAGAGUAUCUUGUGCCGCCAAUAUCCUUGUAUGGUUGUUCAGUUUGGAGCUCCAAUCCAGAUCGACAACUUCUUGCCAUAUGAUUUCAGCAUAAGUUUGAGAGAUACAAAGGGAGAUGCAAAUCUUUCAAUUAAUGUCAAAAAAGGAAAAAGUGCGUACUUGCACAAAAUCAAGAGUACAAGCAUAAUAUCAUUGAAGCUUGAUGUUCAUAGUGACUAUUAUACCACAACAGAACUAGUAACUAUAGAGACUAAACCGUACCAAUCGUCUUUGAGUAAUCCGUUGAUUUUAACUGGUGUAAAUGGAAACCAGAUUACACUCGGAAUGAAUAUCACCCGCCUGACAAAUGAUAACGAUUCUCUUUGGAUAAGCAUCUUCCCACACUACCUGAUCCUCAAUAAGACCGGAAGUCAGAUUGCUCUAAAGGCCCGCAUGUCAUCUCGUCAAAACAAGGCAGUCGUGGAGUAUAUUAAAGGAUUUGGUGAAAAUGAACCGAUUACUCCGUUCUUAUUCUCUUAUCACAGCAUUGAUCAUCACAACAGAGCUCUAUUGUCUGUUGAUGGAUCCAAGUACAGCGAUGAUUUGAGUUUUGAAGCUAUUGGCAGUGCUCUUGAUGUAACACUUCCAGUAAACAGCCAGACAGUCAUUCAUACAGGUGUCCGAGUUGAAGAAGGACCUGGAAAGUACAAGCUUACCAAGAUGGUAACAAUUUCAUCACGUUUUAUUGUUGCGAACCACCUGCGUCACAAUAUCAAGUUUAGGCAGUUUGGACCGGACGAGAAAGAGACUCAUGUGGGUGAAGGCGAAAAGGCAUCGAUAUAUCAGACAAAUAAGUCUGAGCUCAAAUGGCUUUGUCUGCAACUCGAGAAACUCCAUGAUUUCUGGUCUGCACCAAUUGACAUUCAAGAAAUUGGUACCACACAUCUCAAACUGAGUGAAGGAGAUAGUAGGAAUCAUAUUCUUGUCAGGGUGACGGUUCAUCUCCAGCAAGCAACUAUCUUUAUAAUGCUCGAAGAGGCAGAUGAAUGGCCAUACAAGAUAUGUAAUUACUCGAAUGAAGAAGUCAAGAUAUAUCAGGAGAACACUGUUCCCGAGGACUACCAUUUGAAAUCCAAACAAAAGGAUGCGUUAGGAAAACAAAGAUACUUUAUACUUGCACCCAAUACUGAGAUGAAUUAUUCGUGGGACUUCCCGAUUGCUAAAAAAAAGCAUUUGAUACUUGAAGUCAAUGGAAAGAUGCGUACAGUUGAUUUCCAAGCAAUUGGUGCUCAAAUUCCAUUCCAAUACAAGAAAGCAAGCCAUGGAUCUGGAAAUAAGAACGCUUCCUCUAUGUCCAUUGAUGUAGUGGCUCGAGACUCUGCUCUAGUUCUGGUUUUGACUCAAUUCAAUCCAUAUAACAGUCUUUAUCGUGCAAAGACAAUCGCAGCUUCAUCUGCUAGUGCGAUAUCAAGAGAAGGCACUGCACGCGAUUACUUUGAGGAAAUUGACGUUGAACAUGUGAUAAACUUUACCUUUGAGCUUUCUCUUGAGCGUAUUGGUAUCUCAGUCAUCAAUAAACAAGUCCAGGAACUUAUCUUUACUACUAUCAAAGGACUGGAUUUCAAGUACAGUGACUCCAAUCUCUAUCAGUCUGUGCGUGCUAGUAUCAAAUGGUUACAGAUCGACAAUCAACUCCAGGGAUCAGUUUUCCCUAUCCUUUUUUAUCCUUCAAACCUUCCCAAGGAUACAAAUGAUAUUUCGAUUCAUCCUACUCUUCACAUAUCUCUUGAUAAAGUGAAAGACAACAGUCAUGGUGUAAUGUACUUUAAGCUGUUCUCAUUCCUUCUCCAAGAAGUCACAUUUGAGAUGGAUGAGGACUUGUUGUUUGCUCUGAUUGAGUUUUCGAAAUUCUCUGUGCCAAACGACGGACAAGACGAUGAUACUUUGCUGUUUACUCAAGAAAUUCCUGAGCCAGAAUUGGAGCAAACUCAAGCUCUCUACUAUUUCGAAGAGUUCUGUAUCCAGCCCAUGCGCUUGAAUAUUUCAUUUGUUCGAACAGAAAGAAUCAAUUCUGAAGAGGAAGAAAGGCAAGAUAUACGAGACAAUAGAAGCUGUGAUGACAGUGGGCGAUCUCCUCUCAACUAUGUCUUUAAUGUUUUCACAAUGACACUUGGAAACAUUAAUGAUGCUCCUAUCAAGCUGAACGCUUUAGUGGUGGAGAACAUGCGAGUGAGCUAUGCUGACCUCACUUCAAGAGUAAUGUUCCAUUACCAAGAACAGGUGAUGUACCAGCUUCACAGAGUCCUAGGAAGUGCAGAUUUCCUUGGAAACCCAGUCGGUCUCUUCUCAAGCUUGAGCUCCGGGUUCGGCGAGCUAUUCUAUGAGCCUUAUCAAGGAUUUGUUAUGAGCGACAGACCACAGGAUUUGGGAAUCGGAAUUGCCAGAGGUGUUGGUGGAUUCAUGAAGAAGAGUGUAUUUGGUGUGUCGGACAGUAUGAGCAAGUUCACAGGCAGUCUUGGAAAGGGAUUGGCAGCCGCAACCAUGGACAAGAAAUUCCAAGACCGUCGUCGUAUGAAUUUGACAAGAAACAAGCCCAAACAUGCCAUGUACGGUGUAACCCAAGGUGUCACUUACCUUGGUACAAGUGUGGCUAGUGGUUUUGCUGGAUUGGUGAAACGGCCCAUGGAAGGUGCAGAAGAAUCUGGAUUCGGUGGCUUUAUGACUGGAAUUGGACGUGGUCUUGUUGGUGUUGUUACCAAACCUGUCGUAGGUAUCUUUGAUCUAGCAAGUAAUGUAACAGCUGGUAUUCGUGAGACAACCACCGUAUUUGACGAAAGUGAAUUCGAUCGUGAGCGAUUGCCUCGUUAUAUUGGAAAAGAUAAUAUCGUAAAGGCCUUUUCUCAAAGAGAAGCACUAGGCCAGAUGUGGUUACGCGAAGCAAACAACGGAAAGUACUUCCGUGAUACUUACAUUGCUCAUUGUGUCAUGAAGAAUGAUGAGACUGUUGCUAUUCUAUCCUACCAGCGUAUACUAGUCAUCCAUACUCGUAAAUUGAGUUUGGAAUGGCAACAUCCUCUAGAAGAUAUUAUGUCCUGCGAAACAGGCCAAACAGAUCAAAUAGUUUUGAAUAUCUUGGUUAAAGGCCCACCGCAGACCAGAUCCACCCGAACUAUUGAUACUCAGGACACUGUACACGUAUGGUUUUCUGAGAAAAUCCAAGAAAUCAUCAACUGGUACCAGGAGGAAAAAGACAGAAACUAAGGAUGCACAUUGAGCAAAGAUUCGAGUUUUUAAGGAGGAAGAUAUAUUAUAAUAUCGCUUGAUCAUAAUUAUUUCUAUUUAUUUUAUUUUAUUUUUAUUUUUAACGCGAAGAAUACCAAUAAAGAGAAAAGGCAGUGCAUUCAAAUAUGAAUUGCUUUCUUGUAAAUGUUUAAAGGAA